UUACAACCUUCUGUGAAGUGUGAUGUCACCCUGUUCUUGUGGCACCCUGCUUUUUGUGGGGGCAUGGGUCUGGUAGCAACUGCUCUGAUGACACCUUAUUCUAGAGGAAAUUUGCUGUCUGUCUGCUGGGCUGGUACACACUGUACUGUUGGCAACCUGCUCUGGAUGGAAACCUGCUCUUUUAUUCAUUUUCCUGAUAUGAUUAUUAAUUAUUUAUUAUUAUGAUACAACUCAAUCUGACUCUUACUUUAAAAUUAUCAAUUUUUAAUUUGUUAGUUGGAGGCCACUCACUCAUACUCAUUGUUUUGAGACUGACAGUUAUUUGAGUUCUAUUACUAUUAGUAUUAGUAUAGUAUAAUUAUUAGUAUUAGCCACUCCAAUUCCAAUUCUAUUACUAUACUACUAUACUAUGAUCUGAUUUGAUUAUUCCUAUUUCCUUAUUUAUGCAGUAACUGUGAAUGAGCCCAAACUUUCACAAUUACAUCAUAAAUUUAUACAAAUUUAUGACCAAUAAAUUAUUAAAAACAUUAUUAUUAAAAUUAGCCCUAUAUUUACAGCUUGACUUAUCAUAAAAUGUACCCUAAUUUUAAAAAAAUUAACCCUUACGGUACUGACCUACUUUUUGCUUUUAUUGCCUCAGUACCGGCUAUUAAUUUGCUAAUUAUUCCCUGUGGCCCAGACAUUAUUUUGGAAUGAGUCAAAAUUUGAUAGGUCUGGUAACUUUUUUGUUUUAAACAAUUGAUAAUAAUAUGUAGAGAAUUAUCUGUUCAGAAAUGCAUAAGGGUGUUAAAAUAGCACUUCUAAUUCCGAUUAAAGCUCAAUAAUAUUUUCAGAACAAAAUGUUUCAUCAAGUGGGUGUAAGUCGCCAUGAACAAUAGUGAUAGGUAGCACCAUGGAAACAACAAAUACAGAUCCGCUAAAAAAACUCAGUAAUUGGUCGAUUUUCAUAAUUUAAAUGGCAAAUUAAAAUUUGACUAUUCUCCUAACGAAUAAACCUUCUGCCUGAGACUAAGGUGAAAGGUUAUAUAUCCUCGUUUCUGAGUUUAUAUUAGAUACCCGUCUAUGUGGCAAAUAGACGCGCUUGGACCACAGGGAAAACAAUCGGCUGGUGAAAAAAGAUGCGCUUGGGUCACAGUGAAAAAGUAGGUCACUGCAAAAAGACGCGCCAGUGACUUUAAGGGUUAAGUAGGCUAUAGUUAUAGCUGUACUUUAUAAGUAUAAGCCUUUAAGCUGAUUUUAAAGUUCAACCUGGGUUGUGUGGUUCCUAAAAUUAUAAAACUGAAAUAUUUAUUUAGUAGCCUAUACUUGGUAGUUAACUUGGGAAGUACUCAGCUUAAGGUUCAUUGCUUAAUGCACCUGCCAUAAUUACACCAAGUUGUUCUUUUAAUGUAGGCCUAUUUGUUUGAUUGUUUAUAUUUAACCUAAAAAUAUACAAAGCUAUCGCAUUUUUACUAUGAAUUUUUUUUUUUACACACUUGCCUCACUUAGUUUGACAUUUGGUUGAUUCACAAGGCAAUGAACAGUUGCUGUGUAUUAUAUUUUCUAAACCUUUUUCCCCCCAGAUUAAGCAAAACAUUUGUCUUAACAAGUGUCAAAAAAUAUCAAAAUGGGUUAUGCAACACUAAAUCUUGAAAAUCCUGUCUUUCGGCAAUUCAUUGGCUAUGCAGCUUUGGUACUUGUAAAGACAUGUUUAAUGAGUAGUAUUACAGCAUAUUAUCGCAUUACUAGAAAGGUAAUUUCUAUUUAUAUUUAAUUUUUUAAAAACUUUUAAGAGGUUUUAUACAAAUUUUGACAGUAAUAGUAAAUAAUAUGUGGCAUGAUUGAGCCUGGGCUUUUAUCUUAAUAAAUAUUUUAGAGGGAAUAAAUUAUAGGUGUAACUUUUUACUAUAUCAUAAUCAUUUCUGAUAAAAGACAGUCUCUGAAGUAAGAUAAUUAAUUUGAUUCAUUAAAAGAUGGUUAACUAUUUCCUUAAAAGGUAAAUAGAAAGUCAUGAUUUUGUUUUUGCUGUUUUUGCAAGAGCAAGAAUAACUUAUAAUUUGAUAAACAAAUUUUUUUUCUAAAAGGCAGCAAUUUUUUUUUCAUGCUCAUUCCUUUUAUUCAAGUUUUUUUUUUUUUAUUCUUCAAAAUUUUUUAGAUUAAAAAGACAGUUUAAAGUAUGUCAUUUUUAUUUCUCUAGUAAAUGAUAUUCUCUAUAUUUUUAUCAGGCAUUCAUCAAUGAAGAAGAUACUGCAUCAUUUGGAAAAAAACUGCAGGUAGUCUUAAAUAAUCCACAAGUAGAAAGGGUUCGAAGGUUAGUGUUUAAAGUACUUGAAUAUGUUGAUAUCUGCAUUUACACCUGUGUUGCUUUUUGAAAACAAAAAUAUGAGCAGCAUUAUGGUUAACAUUUAGCGUUUAAUGUUAGUGUUUUUGUAUGUAAGUGGGCAGUCCAUUUGAAGAUUUCUAGUUAAAAUAUGAAGUUAUCUCAUGGGGAGUAUUUUCUUGUUGCAUUUCUUUUGUUCCAGUGCCUGGAUAUGCCUUUAAAAUUUAGUACUGGGUACAUACUGUCCCAUUAUUUAUUAAAAACUAUUAGCUGAUGUAUUCUGUUUUGCUUAUAACAUGCAGUUUUCACUUUAAUUUAACAGAUGCCAUCUGAAUGAUCUUGAAAACGUCAUCCCAUUUGUUCUGCUUGGUCUUCUUUAUGUUGCCACUGGUCCCAAUCAAGCAGCCGCUUCUCUUCAUUUCAGAAUUUUUACAAUAAGCCGCUACAUUCACACGUUUGUUUAUUUGUUAGUUGUACCUCAGCCGGCUCGAGCCCUGGCAUUUGCUGCUGGAUUGUUUGUGAAUAUCUCCAUGGUUUACAGCAUCUUAAGCCAAGCUUCUUUUUAAGGAGCAGCUGUGUUUGUUCAGAUGUUCUGUCGCCAAUCCAAUUACCAUUGAUCACAGUUUGCCACUAAAUAAUCCCCUUUGUGGUAACUUUUGGGGUACCGGUAUAAACGAUUAUACUUUUUCAUUAUGUGAGUCAAGAUUUUUUUUUAAACACCCCCCCCCCCCCCCCAAAUUCCCUUACUAGCAAAUGUUUCCAUUGAAAAUUAUACACAAGCUGUAUUAUAGAGUUUUUGCUGUAAUGCUACCUUUUAUCACAAUAUCAGGUUCACACACAGGGAAGUAGGAUUGUGAAAGCAAAAAUACAUUUUCUAAACCAACCCAUAUUUAACAUUUUUCUUUAUUUAUAUCACUUAUAUUGAUCAGAUUUUUUUUUUUUAAACAUCUAUACAAAGCAUUUUAAUCAAAAUUAAAUGUUCUGUCAGUGAGAUUUUUUUUAACUUUAAAAGAUUUAUGUCUUUUGAAUAUAACUGAAAUCAUGUACCGUAUAUACUCCCAUAUAAGCCUACAUCGCAUAUAAGCCGACCCCCUAAAACUGCUUUAAAAUGGCCAGUUUUUGCAAAAACCCGCAUAUAAGCCGACUAUACAAUUUUCUAUUUUUUCGUGUCACUCUCACUUUAUUCUAUGCAUUUGCGUAUCGAGUAUUAGUUAGGAAACCAUGGAUAUAGGAAACUUUUUCUGGUUUUUUAGUAUGUUUUCUUAAUUUUAUGCAAUUUUUGACUUCGAAAAUGAAUUCUCUAUGGUAAUAUUCAUACUCAGUAUAAUUAUCAGCUAUGCAUACAUUAAAUUCUUUGAAGUGACACCUCUGUAUAUAUAUAUAUAUAUUAGUACUCUGUACACACAACCAAAUAAAGAGUCAGGUAGCGAUGAAAAUGUGUGGCUGGAAAAUUGGCAUUAGUGUCUGUCCUUGUGUCCAUUUUGUUUUAUGCGCAUAUAAGCCAACCCUCUGAUUUCAGUAUUGUAUUUUCUAGUUCUAAAUUCUGCUUAUAUGCGAGUAUAUACGGUACCUCUUAUUACCUGCCCAUUUCUGAAUUUAAAAGUUUAUUAAACAGACUUUUCUUUUAAUUUAUUUACAUUUGACUUUUAAGGUAUCCACAAUGAAGUGACAUCAUUUGCUGCCUGUUGAGAUAAAUAAUUGAAAUAAUACUUUUCCAUUAUUUUGAAAUUUACAUACGGUAGUUGUGAGCUUAUUGAUAGUACAAUGAAAUAAUAACUAUGAUUUUGAUGAGAUGAAAUUAAUUUUAAGGAAAAAUUGUUGAAUUUUUUUUUUUUUUAAUGUUGAUUGUAUCAAGUGCAGCAGAUUGACAGGUCUUUAAAAAAAAAUAUUUUAAAAAAAAUUAAACUCCAUCAAUGUUGUUUUAUGUCUCUUUCUCAAUCAGCAUUUUUAUUGCGGGAUAUUUGAAACAUUCCAGUUUCCAGUACAUAACUGAGGCAGGGUUAGAGAGUUCAAUGUGUCAUUAUAUGUCUUGGGAAAUUUCUCUAUGUACAUAUAUCAUGUGACAUACAUUAUUGGUAUCUGAUCCUAACUAAAAACGUUUUAGACAAGAUGUCUUUUUUUGUUGUUAGUAUUAGUCAGUUAGGGGUUGGUUAACCCUACUGAGUUUAGCUAGUGAGACAUUAUAUAUUUGCUAAAUUUUUUAAUGGACCUUGUGACCUACAACUGUUUAAAUGAAAUUAACUGUUUUUAUUUGGGGGAAGGGUUUAUUAAGCUGAAGACAUUACUUGAAUCAUCUUUUUUACAUAUUGAAUAAAUGAAGACCUUAAAGUCUGGAGUUAAGAAUUUUCAAUUGUUAUUUUUUUCUCUUAUAAAUUUGUUUAAAAUGCUGUUAAUACAAAUUAAAUAUAAUUUAAUAAUUA